UCGCUGAACCUCAUCCAGUUGACGUACAGAUGUUGCGGGGCCAGCGGCUACACCGACUGGUUCAAGGAGCGCUGGGUCCUGGCCGAACAUUUUUAUGACAAUCCGAAGACGGCCGAGGCACUGGAAAACACGGAAGCAGGCAAGGUGCUGGUGUUUUCAACUCCAUUCAGUUGUUGUGACCCGUACAUACAACGACCCUGCAUCUUCAGCAACGUAGUCAACGACAGCCUCCACUACAACUACAAGCACAAUACGGACCUCACGAUAUUCAAAGUAGGCUGUGGCCAUGCCAUUGCUGAAAGUUUGGGAGCUGUGUGGAUGUUCAUCGUACGGCAUGGAUUCGUCUAUGCAGCGUUGUUUGAGUCGUGCGUGCUUGUUUUGUUCCGGUAUUUGCAAACGUCGGUUAACAUGGCCUUGAAGUUUGGUGACCCCACUUUAACAGCACAAGGU